AUGCAUCUUCAAAUCAAGACAUUGUCUAAUGAAAAAUUUACCAUUGAAUGUGAAUUAUCUGAUACGGUAAGAACAAUAAAAGAAAAAAUAGCAUCACAAGAUCUCAAGGAUAAAUAUGAGGCUGAUGCAGUAAAAUUAAUUUUUUCUGGAAAAAUCCUUGAAGAUUCAAAAACACUCGAUUCAUAUUCAAUUAAUCAAGAUAGUUUUCUUGUUGUUGUUAAACAAGCAGCACCUAAAGCUUCAGCUACAUCGACAGGUGCUACUAAUGUACCAACCAAUCCUCCUAGACCUGCUAGUCCACAAAAUCGUGCAGCUAAUGUUCCUUCAACAGCACCAAGUUCGGUUCCACAACCACAACAACCAGCUCAAACAACUCCAACUGAUAGUACUUCGGCUGCUUCACAAGAUACAUUUUUAUCAGCUGAAGCUCGUGAAAAAGCUUUAUGCGAAUUAACAGAUAUGGGUUUUGAGCGUACACAAGCGGAACUAGCAUUACGUGCAAGUUUUUAUCAUGUUGAACGUGCUGCCGAAUACUUAAUUACAGGUAACAUUCCUAGUGUGAAUGAAGGACCGGCAUCAAGUCAAGGAGGUCAAUCAGGACAAACACCUACUGGUUCUGAAAGUUCAGCUGGUAGCCGACAACCAGGUGGAGCUGACGAUUUAUCUCAAUUAAGUCAAAAUCCACAAUUUCAAGCAUUACGUAAUUUAAUUCAACAUAAUCCUAAUCAACUUCAAACACUUAUGCAAACAUUGCAAGCUACUCAACCCGAUCUUUAUCGAUUAAUUGAACAACGGCCACAAGAAUUUCUUGAAUUAUUGAAUCAAGCUGAUGACAUUGAUGAAGGCGGAGAUGAUGAUGAUGAUGCAUUACAAGGUGGUGCUGCUGGAGGUGCUGGUGGUCAAGGUCCACCAGGAACAGUUACAAUUACACUUUCACCUCAAGAUCAACAAGCGAUUAACAGAUUACAAGAUAUGGGUUUUGAACGCAAUCGUGUUAUUGAAGCAUUUCUUGCUUGUGAUCGCAAUGAAGAAUUGGCAGCUAACUUUCUUUUGAACAGUUUCGAUUAA